CUGGGUCCCAACUCCCAAGAGCCUAUAAAAGGGGAGGAGCAGGGAGGAAGAAAUAGAAAAAUGGCAGGCGCUCUGGUGACAAUGGCCACUGAACACUCAGACAAGUCCAUGGCCGCCAUUAGAGAUGAGUGGGAGAUCCAAUUUUCUCGCUUCUUUAACAAUCCUGCUCUCUCCUCCACCUGUUCUUCCUCUACUAUUCACCCUGACCUCAUCAGAAAAACAAGAAGUUUACGCAGAGGUACCUGGAUUUCCUCUUCUUCUGCUUCCCUGCAACUUCUCACCGAUCACUCCACUUCUCAAGCCAUCCUGAUCGUCCGUUCCGGAGGAAGGAUCCAUGAAGAGCACUUCAUUUCCAAGCUGCUUUUCUCUUGGCCUCAGGUAUCAUGUGUCUCUGGAUUUCCUGCCAGGGGUAGCAGAGUUGUAUUCGUGAGCUAUAAAGAUUGUGUUAGCCAGGUUCAGAAGUUUGCCUUGCGGUUUUCAACAAUUUACGAAACUGAAAGAUUCAUAAAUGCUUUAAAGGAUAUCUUGAAGGAUGUGGAGGACAUUGAGCUUCUCAGUAGUGGCUUCGUAACUGAAGUUUCAUCACAAUCUGAGUUUGUUUCUUCUAAUAUACCUCCCUAUAGAAUUAGUGAGGAAUUGAGUGUUCCUGUUCACUCGCACUGUUCUUUGUUGCCCCCCAGCUCAAACCAUGAAGUUGAGCAGCACUCACGUUCUCAGGAAACUGCAGUUAAUCAUAAUUGUGAAGGCACUUUCGUGGACAUGCCACCCAGCUUCACAUCAUUAUUAACUAACUGUUGCUUUGAGACGCAAGCUGCAGCACAACCAACUAUAACUGAGGAAAUGGAUCUCAAAUCCCAAAUUGCGAGAUACAUGGAAGACUCUUCAUUCCAAGGUUAGGCUUUUCAGAGUGUAUGUGGUCUCAUAUCAUUUGGCAUUUGAGCGAAGUUUGGCCCUAGCUCACCCUUGAAUGGGGGUGUCUUGGCUUAAGACAGACAGAAGUCCAAUGUGGUCCCACCAAAUUCCAAAGCUGCUAAUAUCUGGAUACUGGACACAAUUGCCUUUACAAAAUUUGUUUCAUUCAUCUUGUUAAUUGAGGUACUAAUGUAUCAAGUUAUUUUUCUUUUAUCACCAGAUAUGUUGUUUAAAGUAGAGAAAGUUAUCAGUGAAAUGGGAGAUGAUUUGAUGCUGUAAUCAUCUGUGGCUCCGAGUACUCGUUUAAAGCAGUUCCCGCCUUUUUUUCUCUGGUUUAUUGAUUUAGCUUUUUGGAUAUAUAACCUGGUUCAUCUUCAUUGUAACCAUUAUCC